AUGUAUGACGGAAGCGACGACCAAGCCCAAGACGAGCACUACGACUACGAUGUCGGAACACUCAGACACAACGACUUCCCAAAACACCACUAUAGCAAUAGAAACAUAGAUAUUACAGUCAACAGAAUCAUCGACUAUGGACGCAACGACCAAGCCAACAUCGACUCCUACGACCACGAUGUCAGACACAAUGACAUCGCAAGCUACAACCAUCAUAGAAUCAUCAACUACGGUCGCGACGACCAAGCCCACGACGCGCCCUACGACCACUUUGUCAGACACAGCGACAUCGCAAGAAAUCACCACCUCCACUUACCUAACUUCUACGGUGGAAUACGUCGGGUCGUUCUACAAUUUCAGCACUUCGGAGAUGAGUCAUGA